CACGCUUCAGUCUGCGUCUAGAAGCGAAGCGUUGCACAUCUCAACCACCUUUAGUAUCUGUCGGACACAGAGAGACACACACACACACACACACACACACACACACGCCCACACCAACCCACCCACUCCCAGUCCCACACAGACAUACCUUUAAAUACACAGAGCUUUCUCCAAACACAGCACCUCGCCACUGGCCACGGGAGCUCCGCUGCUGUUAUUUAGUGAAAGCUCAGACACGACUCUCUGGAAAGAUGCCGGGGGAGAGCCACGCCGAUGUACCAGAUGCCGUGCCACUACAGGUCGCUAUGGAGGCCUCAGCUCUUGUCACCAGUAACGGUCAUGAAUCCUCUCCUUCUGAACCUGCAAAGACCCUCACCUGCAGUGAGUGCAGUAAGACGGCGACAGUCGUAUGUGGUGGCUGCUGGAUAGUCGGUUUCUGUAGUCGAGAUCAUCAGCUUACUGGAUGGACCAAGCACCGACCCAAGUGUCGUCCGUGGCGCGUCAGCUCAUCGCUCGACCUGGGGCGAUUCAUGGUAGCUACUAGAGACAUUGCCGCCGGAGAGGUUCUUAUGAAGGACGAACCUCUACUAAUAGGGCCCAAGAUGAUGACAGAGCCUGUUUGCUUGGCCUGUUACCGUCCCGUGAAUGGAGAAUACAUUUGUCAGGACUGCGGUUUUCCACUCUGCAGCAGCGAUUGUGAGGGAACUGAUGACCAUGAACCAGAGUGCCGUGCAGUACAGGAUUCAGGUAUCCCAGUGAAAGUGUCUAUGUUCGGGGAGGUGAAUAGUAUGUACGAAUGCAUCACUCCCUUGCGUAUCCUUUCUCUAAGGGAAAAGAUUCCGAGUCUGUGGAAUAAGAUUAUGACACUAGAGAGUAACUGCGAUAUGCGGGAAGGCACAGAAGUAGCAGCCAUUACACAACAAACGGUCAUCGACAUAAUCCACAAUCGGCUGAAUCUAGAGGAGGAUUACAAUACAGAAGUGAUUGAGAGGGUUCUGGGAAUCCUUGAUACAAAUGCUUUUGAGAUCAGACUUCCGGACUCAAGUAUCUUGGGUGUAUAUCAAAAAGGAUCAUUGCUGGAGCACGAUUGUAUCCCCAACACCCACCGCACUUUUGAUGCAGACCUAAAUCUCAUAGUGCGUGCAGCAGUACCAAUAAAACGUGGACAGCACCUCACCUCCUGCUACACGGAAUCACUUUCCACUACUGGCGUUAGACAGGAACAUCUCCGGUCUACUAAAUACUUCACCUGUGCCUGCAAACGUUGCAGAGAUCCUACUGAGCUGAAGACAUUCACAUCUGCCAUGAAAUGUAGUGAAUGUGUCGAAAAACAAGAAGAAGAAGCUAAACAGAAGAGAGCGGCAGAGAGGGCUAGUAGAGGUCGAGGAGGCACGAGGGGCGCUAAGCGAGGUGGUGUUGCAAGCCGCAUCAGUCAGUUCCAGUCUGGAGCACAGGGUGGGAGUUCCAUAAGCCAGGCUGAAGAGGAGACAGUCAAGGGUCCUUGGAUAGUGCCACAGGACCCUUUAUCCCCUUCUUCCACUUGGGCAUGCCUUUCUUGCGGCAACCCGGCCAACGACGGCUACCCGGAGCGUAUGACCUCAGUGAUGCAAGAGGAGGCGGAGGAGCUUGAGGAGGCAAACCCCAGCGUGGAGGCGUGCGAGAGCUUCCUGAAGAAGUGGGACAACACCUUCCACUCCAAUCAUGCCACCUUUCUCAAUAUAAAGUACGUGUUACUUCACCUGUACGGCUCCGAGGAGGGCUACGAACUGGAGGAGAUGACACCUAUUCAUCUCGCGCGUAAGGAGGAACUCUGCCAGGAAGUGCUGAAGGUAGCUGACGUCAUCCAGCCAGGCAUAUCCCGGUUGCGUGGAUCCGUCCUCUACGAGUUGUACCAAGCACUGUUCUACAAGACCCGUGCCCUUUCCCUGGUGGGCGCUGCCACCUCUGAACAAGCUCGCAGAAUGGCAAUGGAAGCACUGACAGCCCUCAAGGAGUGUGCCCGUGUGUUGUGCUACGAACCAGAAGUACAGCCUGAAGGACAACUUGGUCUUGAAGCCAAAGAAGAAAUUAAGAUAUUACAGAAGUGGAUCAAGGAGGAGGGCUGGAAAUACUGAUCACCUUUUUUUAUAUGUAUUCCUGGAGGAGUUAGAUAAAUAAGAAUGCCUCAAUAUGUGGAUGGCUUCAUACAAGUAUAUGGAGUAAUGCUUCAUAGAAGCUGUAGAAUCUAAUGUCUAAUGCCUAACUGGAUGGUAAC